AUGGGCUGUUAAUAAGGAAAAAUGAUCAAUAACGGUAAAGAAUCUUAGAAUAAAGGAGGCUUCAACAGAACAAAUACCAUAAAAAAUAAUGCUAAGAAUCAGUAAAAUGUAGAAGAAGCCAAUCAAUCAGGAUUAUUUGAUAGUAGAAACCAAAAUGAUGAAGAAGUAAUUGGAAAAGCUAAAGGAGUUUCUCCUUCAAAGACAAAAGAUGAUCAGAAUGAUGAAAAUUAACAAAAUAACGCAGCAGAUAAUCCUCCAUUAAAAUACACAUUUACCAUCAACGGAAAAUCAAUGAAAUAGAUUGAAGAUUAAAAAAUGCAAGAUGAAGAAGAAGAAGAUAAUUACAGUGACGUACUUCUCUCUACAGAAAUAAGAGAAGGUCACACACCUCAGCUUUCAGAAGAAGAAGAUUAUUUGCAGUAUGAAAGAAUUUAUGAUAAAAAAGAUAUCUCAUUGGCUGAUAUAGGCGAUGGCAUGAUAAACGAUGGGUUGGUGGAUAGAAAAAUGACGCUCCAUAAAGCUGCUACAUUAAAAAAAUCAACAACACUCAAGAAAAAGCUUGAAAAAAAGGCUAUUAUCCAUGCUUUAGAUAUCUAGCCAUCUAGAGACUACUUUAUGCCUGACUAUUUCAAACAAUUUACUAGGAAGUAAUCCAACAAGAAUCUCUAACAAGACUACACAAAAACAAAUACUCUUUUUGUUCCAUAAAAUUAAUGA